AUGAGCCGGGCCCUAGCCACGCGGUGUUCCUCACUGUUACCCCUAUAUUCAGGUCCCUGUUCGGGCGCCAAGUGUGACGAGCCAGCCGUCACAAAUCGAUCAGAGCAGAUAUCCUAUAUUAUUCCAAUAGAUGAGAAACCAUAUACUGUACACCUUAAGCAAAGAUUUUUUUUAGCAGAUAAUUUUAUGGUUUAUUUGUAUAAUCAAGGAUCUGUGAAUUCUUAUUCUUCAAAUAUUCAGACUCAAUGCUACUACCAAGGAUACAUUGAAGGAUAUCCGAAUUCUGUCGUCACACUCAGCACAUGCUCAGGACUGAGAGGAGUGCUGCAAUUUCAAAAUGUCUCUUAUGGAAUUGAGCCUCUGGAAGCUGCAGCUACAUUUCAGCAUAUUCUUUAUGAAUUAAGGAAUGAAAACCACGAAUUUGCAGUUCUUACUGAAAAAACCCAUGGCACAGAACAAAACCCAAUGGACUAUAACAUUUUUAUAAGUGAAAAAUCAGAAUCAACUGUUUCAGACUUAGUUCCUCUUUAUCUUGAAAUGCAUAUUGUGGUGGACAAAGUUUUGUAUGAUUUCUUGGGCUCUGAUAGCAUGAUAGUAACAAAUAAAGUCAUCGAAAUUAUUGGCCUUGUAAAUUCAAUGUUUGCCCAAUUUAAAGUUACUAUUGUGCUGUCAUCAUUGGAGUUGUGGUCAGAUACAAAUAAAAUUUCUACGGUUGGUGAGGCAGAUGAAUUACUGCAUAGAUUUCUAGAUUGGAAAAAAUCCUAUCUUACACUCAGGCCUCAUGAUAUUGCAUAUCUAUUCGUCUAUAGAGAGUCUCCAGAUUAUGUGGGAGCAACGUUUCCUGGAAAGAUGUGUGUUUCUCAUUAUUCUGCGGGCAUUGCUUUGUAUCCCAAGGAGAUAACUUUGGAUGCAUUUUCAAUAAUUGUCACCCAGAUGUUGGGACUCAGUCUGGGAAUAUCAUAUGAUGACCCAAAGAAAUGUCAGUGUUCAGGAGCCAUCUGUAUAAUGAAUCCAGAAGCUAUGCAAUCCAGUGGUGUGAAGACUUUUAGCAAUUGCAGUUUGAGUGACUUUGAAAAUUUCAUUUCAAAUAUUGGUGCCACCAAAUGUCUUCAGAAUAAGCCACAAAUGCAAAGGGGUCGAGCAAUCUGUGGCAAUGGCAAAGUUGAGAGCAAUGAAAUCUGUGACUGUGGUACUGAGGAACAAUGUGGACCUGAUAGCUGUUGUGAACCUAAAACUUGUGUGCUGAAAUCAGGAUCCCAAUGUGAUAAAGGAUUAUGCUGCAAGAACUGUAAAUUUCUAAGUGUAGGUUCGGAAUGUAGGCCCAAAGCGCAUCCUGACUGUGAUCUUCCUGAAUUUUGUAAUGGAAGCUCAGGAGCCUGUAAUCCUGAUAUAACUAUAUACAAUGGACGUUUAUGUAAAGGAAAAUUUAUUUGUUACGAUGGAGACUGCCAUGAUCUUGAUGCACGCUGUGCAUCCAUAUUUGGAAGAGGUUCAAAAAAUGCUCCAUUUGCCUGCUAUGAAGAAAUACAGUCUCAAAGUGAUAGGUUUGGGAACUGCGGUCUGGAAAGAGGCAAAUAUAAAAUAUGUUCAUGGAGGAAUCUUAUAUGUGGCAGAUUAGUUUGUACCUACCCUUCUCGAUCUCCUUUCCAUCAAGAAAAUGUUGCUGUGAUUUAUGCUUAUGUACGAGAUGUUGUAUGUGUGACUUUAGACUACAGUCUUCAUGGCUCUGUUAUAGAUCCAAUGGUGAUCCGUAAUGGCUCUGAAUGUGAUGUUGGGAGGGUUUGUGUAAAUGGUGAAUGUGUAGAAUCGAGGUUACUUAUGGAUGAAUUCUCUGCUUGUUCAAAAAAGUGCAGUGGAAAUGGGGUGUGCACUUCCCAGAUGGAGUGCCAUUGUUCUCCGGGCUUCAAACCUCCAGAUUGUAAACAGCGUUCCAGAGACGCUUCUAUGUUCCCUGAAACACCAGGUUUAAUAAUGGAAAAAGCUUUUUGGAAGCAUGGAAAGAACCGGUGGAUUCUAGGUUUCUACAUUGCUUUACCUAUUGUCAUCGUAGCAACCAUAAUAGCUAUUUCAUGGACUCUUUUGAAAAAAUGGUUCACUGAUAAAGAGGAAUCCCUAAGUAGCGAGUAA